AGCGGAAGUGACGUCAGCGAGGGAGCGGAGCCGGAGCGCGAACGCGCGCGGGGAGGUGUGGUUAUGCCUAGCUCGUGCGGGGCCGUUAGAGCUCUGGGCAUGCGCAGAUCGCGGCGGGAGAGACCAUUAACCCUCCUGUACCCGGCCCCAGCUUCCACCUGCGCUGCGGAGCUGCAGCCUCCAGCCCAGGUGAUGACUUUCUCCAGCUGGUACUAGCCCCUUGGGGCAGCUCUGGGCCCUGUUAAUACAAAUUCUGAGCCAGAGUCUCCACGCUGCAGAAUGACGUCCAUGUUUCGCUCCAGCUCAUCCCAUCCUCCCAUGACACAGGGAAGAGAAAUGGCUCCAGAGGAGCCUGUUCAGAGGCCAGUGACCUUUGAGGAGGUGGCUUUGUAUUUCACCAGGGAAGAGUGGGCUCUGCCAGACUCUGCCCAGAGAGCUCUCUGCAGAGACGUCAUGCAGCAGAACUAUGAGAAUAUGACCUCACUGGAUCAGUCAUGAUGGAUUAUAUAACCUGCCGACUUCGAAGGUGAUACUUGGGUUCUCGCUCAGGUGUGCCUGUUGACGUUGCCAGCCGAGGCUGCGGAACAAACAGGGCACUGGUGGGAUCCAAAGGAGGUGUUACCUUCUUGCAAUGAGAUGCGUGUACCCAAUUUGGGAGUCCUUGGCACUUCACUGCAGUAUGGGUAGUCAGCAAGACCUGGAACGGACCCUUCCACCUGGGCUCCAAGGCGGACUUUCGCUGGAACACCUUACAGCAAACCCAGUCACCAGGCUCCAAGGGAUGGCAUGCAGUCUCAGCUGGAUCUGGUAGGGCACUCUGGACCUGUGAAUGAACAAAUCUAAUGUGUCUAAUUAGCGCUUUGCAAUAUUCUAUCACACUUUCAUCACAAAGUUGUAAAUUUUGGGAGUUAGGGGGCAGGGGCGGGGACACUGGCAUCCUCAUUGGUCUAGCCAUGAGAAUCUCAUGAGGAGACAAUCCAUGUUUACGCAUGGGAGUGUUUCUCAUUUGCAUUAAUGCCAGAGGGAGUGCAUCUGGCCACUUGAGGCCUGUUUCUGCACACAGUUUUGCCAGUUUGUUUUUCAGGUCCCCAUUCUUCCGUUCCACCGCUCCUGCGCUUUGAGGGUGGUGAGCACAGUGUAAACGUUGGUCCACACGGAGAGCUUUGCAGAUUUGUUGAGUGAUUUGACCUGUAAAAUGGGUUCCUCUGUCACUGUUAAUUGAGACAGGGAUGCCAAAGCGAGGAAUAAAUUCCUUGAGCAAUUUCUUUGUUACCGUAGUUGAGUCUGCCUUAGCACAUGGGUAAGCUUCCACCCACCCAGAGUACAUGCACACACACACAAGUACAUACUCAUACGAACAGCACUUAGGCAUAUUUAUGAAGUCUAUUUGGAUAUUUACAAAUGGUCCCCAUGGCAGCGGAUGUGCUGCCUGGGCCGUUCGAACAGGUCGUCCACUGUUAUAUGCCAAACAGAUAGGACACGUUUGGCAGUACUACUGGGCAAUGCUCGUGAACUUUGGAGCGUACCAAUACUUAAGUACAGAAGCAAUCAUCCCCUCCUUGCCUACAUGGGCCAGCCCGUGUGCUAGCCGGGCAAGGUGGGGAAGCAGAGCCAAGGGUGCUACCAGGCGGCCGUCUGGUGCAUACCACAAGGCAUCCUCCGGAUGCUUGGAACACCCGGACUGUCUCCAGUGGUCUUUCUCAUCCUCUGGUGCUGACUCUUGCGCUCUCUGCGUCUUCGUGGUGCUCUCCUUGUGCCGCGACGAGGUGAACUGGCUGGUGCGUCACGCUGAGCAUGUCACCAAGACCCCUGAGGACUACGCUGCCAGUCACAUCGCCAAGCUGCUGUUCCUCAUGGAGCAGCUGCGUACCCUGGUGCACAGGCAUGGCCCAGUGAUCCAGCGCUACCACGUCCAGUACCUGGCUCGCUUCGACGCCCAGCUGCUCAGCGAUAUCAUCCAGAAUCUGACCGUCUGCCCUGAGGAGGAGUCCAUCGUCAUGUCAUCCUUCGUCAGCACCCUGUCAUCUCUCACCUUGAAACAAGCUACGCAGGUGCCCCCACGGCUCCCUGCUGCACCCGGAGCAGCAGGUCCCUCCAUGCGGUGUGCAGGCACCAGGCCAUAGCUCCAGCCCAGAACAUAAGAACGGCCAUACUGGGUCAGACC